UGUGCCCUGAGCUGCCUGUUGCCGCUGCAAAACACGCCCGCCCGCCUCUUCACACGCUGCCCGUCUCCCUGCUGUUGCGACGUGCUGCCAACCCAGUCGCUGCUGCUGCUGCUGCCUGCCCAGCUCAGGCGGAGUUCUUGGAGCAUAGCGGAAAUUCUUGUCCGGCCAUACCCACACACCCUCUCUGGCUGA